AUGGCCGAUCCGUCCACCUGCCCGCCGUUGAUCCCAUCAUCCAUCCGCGCUGCAUACUCCAAGAUCCAACCGUACAUCCACAAGACACCCCUCCUCACCAGCCACAGCCUCGACGCCAUAGCCUCGUCGCCGGACCCGACAGAGGUGUUUGUUUCAUCUCAAUCCAAUGCCGAGGAGGUGUUCGAGUCGACGCCAAAGUUCCAUCUGUUUUUCAAAUGCGAGAAUUUCCAGAAGAUCGGCGCCUUCAAGGCCAGAGGCGCCUUUCAUGCCGUCACGAGACUUAUUGAGGAAAUGGGACUCGAGGAGGUCCGGAGGCGAGGUGUGGUUACCCACAGUAGUGGCAACCACGCACAAGCACUAGCUCUAGCGGCCUGGACAUUCUCGAUCCCGAGUUACAUCGUGAUGCCGAAGAUCAGCACGCCGUCCAAGAUUGCAGGGACCAGACUGUACACGCCGAACGUGCUCUUCAGCGGGUCAACGUCGCAAGAGCGCGAGGCGGUGGUGGCGCAGGUGGUGGCCGACAAAGGCGCCAUCCUCGUGCCGCCGUACGAUCACCCGGACAUUGUGCUGGGUCAAGGCACGAUCGGGCUCGAGAUGGAGCAGCAGUUGGAGGAACACCGGCAGAGCCAGAGCCAGAGCCAGAGCCAGAACUCGAACCAGGAUCAGAACACCCAGAGCCAGAGCCAGAAUCAAAACACCCAGAACCAGAACCCGAAGCAGAAUCAGAACCAGAACCCAGGGCCGACGCUGCAGCCACCUUCAACCACGACUACAAAGGCCGGAUUCGACGCCGUCAUCACACCCCUCGGCGGCGGCGGUCUCCUCGGCGGCACGGCCACCUGGUUCUCCGACAAGCCCGGCACGCUGGUGUUUGGAGCCGAGCCGUCGUUCGAAGGCGCCGACGACGGCCGGCGCGGACUACUGGCCGGCGCGCGCAUCGAGCACGUCAAGUCGCUCACGAUCGCCGACGGACUGCGCACGCCGCUGGGCCUGAUCAACUUCGACAUCCUGCGCGACCGCAACCGCCUCGAGGGCAUCUACGCCGUGACCGAGGACCAGAUCCGAGCGGCCAUGCGGCUGGUGCUGGAGCGCGUCAAGGUCGUCAUCGAGCCUAGCGCCUGUGUCGGCCUCGCCGUCGUGCUGUUCAACGCCGAAUUCCGCGCCCUCGCCGCCCAGAGACAGCUCGGCCUCGAGAAUCCCGUCUGGGACGUCGGCAUCGUCUUCAGUGGAGGCAAUACCACCGUCAAGGCUAUUGCUAAGUUGUUCGCUGACGAUUCCGAUUCCAUCUGA